CGGGCCUUCCGGACGCGGGGGUGGGCGGGCCUUCCGGGCUGCGCGUGAGCCGGGUCGACCACAGGGAGUCUUGUUCCUCACUGCUUAAGAAAUGGCUUCAGAAUAUGCACUGCGUAUGUCUCGUCUGAGUGCCCGGAUCUUUGGUGAAGUGGCCAGGCCUACUGAUUCAAAGUCCAUGAAAGUGGUGAAUAUGUUCAGUGAGCAGCCCUUGGCCAAAAGGAAAGAGACUUACGACUGGUAUCCAAAUCACAACACGUACUUUGCGCUCAUGGGCACACUGCGUUUCCUUGGCCUUUAUAGAGAUGAGCAUCAGGAUUUUAAGGAUGAGCAAAGACGUCUAAAGAAGCUCCGUGGAAAGGAGAAACCAAAGAAAGGAGAAGGGAAAAGAGCUACGAAAAAGAAAUAAUAGAAUCAGUUGUCAUUAAAGGAAAUUCCUUCCUCAGUGACUAAGAAAGUCUAUCUGUUACCUUUUCACAUAUUAGAGGAAUGUGACCUGCCUCGGUGGGCAUCAACCCCGUGUUCUCAUCCACUUCAGUUAAGCUGUGAUGGUUUCUUAGAGAUGUUCUAAUUCUUCAAAUUAUAUCUGCCUUGGUUUUGUAA